AUAGUGUAUCAAUCCCAUGCGGAAGCUGACUUGGUCUCCAGCGAUAGGACAGCUAAGGCAGACUAAUCAGGUGUUCCAAAAAACAAAAGACCAGUGAAAGCUUCGAGCUUGAGUUGUGAAAAAGUUUGCCACUAGAAGCAUCCAGCACUGGCUACUACCUGCACAGCACUUUUAAUUUUUACAUUGAGAUUCCAUUGUUCUUUUUCUUCAUCAUGUAUAAGAAAUCUGCUUCUGCCGAUGUGCCUAUGAUGACUUCCAAAGGCAGCUAUCCUUCAAAGGAAUCACAAGGCAUGUUACCCUCAAUUAACAACAAACAGACUGAGAAGAGGGAGAAAAUGGUGCUGAAAAAAAAAAUAACUUUGUUAAGAGGGAUCUCAAUAAUAAUUGGAACUAUAAUUGGAGCAGGGAUUUUUAUAUCUCCCAAAGGAAUACUGCAGAAUACCGGCAGCAUAGGAAUGUCUUUAAUUGUAUGGACAGCGUGUGGCAUCCUGUCACUUUUUGGUGCUCUUUGCUAUGCUGAACUGGGAACAUGCAUAAAAAAAUCUGGUGGUCAUUAUACUUAUAUACUGGAGGCAUUUGGCCCCUUACCUGCAUUUGUCAGAGUGUGGGUGGAAUUACUAAUCAUUCGCCCAGCUGCUACUGCCGUGAUAUCACUAGCAUUUGGACGCUAUAUCCUCGAGCCCUUCUUUAUGCAAUGUGAAAUACCAGACCUCGCUAUCAAAUUAGUCACAGCUCUCGGAAUAACGGUCGUAAUGGUCCUGAACAGUAUGAGCGUCAGCUGGAGUGCUCGAAUUCAGAUUUUCCUGACCUUUUGCAAGCUAGCAGCAAUUCUGAUAAUUAUAGUCCCUGGAGUUAUGCAGUUAAUUAAAGGAAAGACUCAGAAUUUCAAAGAUGCCUUUGUUGGAAAAGAUGUCAGUGUUAUGGGGCUACCCUUGGCUUUUUAUUCUGGAAUGUAUGCCUAUGCUGGUUGGUUCUACCUCAAUUUUGUUACUGAAGAAGUAGAAAACCCAGAAAAAACCAUCCCACUUGCAAUAUGUAUAUCAAUGGUGACUGUAACAGUUGGAUAUGUCUUAACCAACGUGGCCUACUACACAACCAUUACAGCAGAAGAACUAGUGGUUUCCAGUGCAGUUGCUGUGACAUAUGCAGAGCGUCUUUUGGGAAGCUUCUCAUUGGCAGUUCCCAUAUUUGUUGCUUUAUCAUGUUUUGGCUCCAUGAAUGGUGGGAUUUUUGCUGUAUCAAGGAUGUUUUUUGUUGCAUCUCGAGAGGGUCACCUUCCUGAGAUCCUUUCCAUGAUUCACGUGCACAAGCAUACUCCAUUGCCAGCUGUCAUUGUUUUGCAUCCUCUAACAAUGGUAAUGCUUUUCACUGGAGAUAUCUACAGUCUUUUGAAUUUCCUGAGCUUUGCUCGAUGGCUUUUUAUUGGCCUGGCUGUUGCUGGACUCAUUUAUCUGCGAUACAAACGACCUGAGAUGCAUCGCCCUUUCAAGGUUCCAAUUUUUAUACCAGCAUUAUUUUCCUUUACCUGCCUAUUUAUGGUUACUUUGUCACUGUAUUCUGACCCUAUAAACACUGGGAUUGGGUUUGCAAUUACUCUGACAGGAGUUCCUGCAUACUACCUAUUUGUUAUCUGGGAUAACAAGCCAAAAUGGUUCCAAAAAAUAUCAGGCCGAGUCACCAUGCUGCUGCAGAUUCUACUGGAAGUUGUGCCAACGGAAGAGAAUGUUUCCUGAAAAGAAAGUGUUGGAACAUGCCAAGUGCUUUCCUUCGAGUUGACAAAUAACACAAGCAGUCCAUUUAUUGUUGUAGUUUAUACAUGCUGCAAACAUACAUUAGUUUAUUAUUAUGUACAGUAGUAACAUUUUAUUUAUUUUACUUA